UAGUUUAAUUUUGCUCUUAUUAUUAGCCUUUUGGCUACAUUUGUAAAGAACUUUUGGAUUUUGCUUUUUUUUUUUAAAAACACUAGUAUGCCUAGUGGACUAUAAUGCACUUGUGAAAUAUUAACAUGGAUAAGUUCAUAUAUGUCUGCCAACUGUUUGUUUCUUGAUAAUCUGUAGCCUGCUAACCACAAGUUCUCAAGAAAGUGUUUUUUACUUGUUUCCAGCUAUAAGGAAGCGGAUGGAGAAAGAUAUAGAUGAAGUUGGGAAGAUUGCAAGAAAUGUCAAAGCAAAAAUAGAAGCAAUAAAUAAAGAGAACUUGGCUAAUCGACAAAAGCCCGGAUGUGGAAAGGGUACAAGUGUUGAAAGAUCAAGGACAAAUAUGACCAAUGGCUUGACAAAAAAGUUUAGAGAUGUUAUGACAGAAUUUCAGACAUUAAGGCAGAGAAUAGACGACGAGUAUCGUGAAGUUGUAGAGCGAAGGGUGAUAACAGUCACUGGAACUAGACCAGAUGAGGAGACAAUCAACAACCUGAUAGAAACCGGAAGCAGUGAACAAAUCUUCCAGAAUGCUAUCCAAGGAAUGGGACGUGGACAGCUACCUCUUACUACUUCAUUCUACUAUAAUUUUCUCUUUUGACUUUCAGAAUUUGGGACUUAAUUUAUGUGCCAUCCACUUCUGAAGUCUUUUUCUUUGUUUAUUGUCAACAUAUUACUUCAUGAGCCAUGAGGUACGUAUAAAAUGUAGAGGAAGCAUGGUUUAUGUGUCAAUAAAUUAAAUUCUUAUUUUCUUGUUAAACUAGCAGAAAUAGUACCAACUGAGCUCAUUUGAAAAGAAAGAAAGCAUACCUCAAAUGGUUGGCUAUGGACGGCAACGGCGGUACUGGGUAGAGACGGCGGCGACGAUGACUGGCAAGCGGUGACGGUGACUGGAAGGCGGCGAUGGUGACUGGCGGGCAGGUUAUUAGGGUUAGAGAUUUAGGGGAGAGAAAAGGUGAGAGGAAAGAGAGAGAAAGUGGAAAGAUGAAGGGUACGUAUACGUUUAAGUGGGUCUGUAUUUUUCAUUUAUUUGACUAAUUAUACCGACCUCAUGAGGUCGGUAUGUAUAAUUAUUUUAUAAUUUUAUUUCUAAUUUAAAAGAAUACCGACCUCACGAGGUCGGUUUAUUAAAAAUUAUUUAAAAAUUAUUUUUAAUAAACCGACCUCAUGAGGUCAGUAUUCUUUUAAAUUAAAAAUAAAAUUAUUAUAUUUAGCAUCAAAUAAAUUUCCGACCUACUGAGGUCGGUACAUUACGUUUGUCAAAUUUCGGUACAAUAUUACUGACCUCAUGAGGUCGGCUUAUUUUUUAAAAAAUUGAAAAAUAAAUAUUACGACUUUACCGACCUCAUGAGGUCGGUUAUUUUCCGACCUCAACUGAGGUCGGUUUUUUGAGGUCGGGAAAUACUAUUUUUUUAGUAGUGAGGGGUGG